GGGCGGGCCGCGGCCGGGCCGAGUCGAGCGGGACGGGAUGGCGCAGCGAGCGCUCCCCAACCCCUACGCGGAUUACGACAAGUCCUUGGCCACCGGCUACUUCGACACGGCCGGGAGGCUAACCCCCGAAUUCACGCAGCGGCUGAAUAACAAAGUCAGGGAGCUGCUGCAGCAGAUGGAGAGAGGCCUCAAGUCCGCCGACCCGCACGACUGCACCGCGUACACCGGCUGGGCAGGCAUUGCUUUGCUGUAUUUGCACCUGUAUGAUGUGUAUGGAGACCCAGCCUACCUUCAGGUAGCCCACGAGUACGUGAAGAAGAGCCUGAGCUGCCUGACAAGACGCUCCAUCACUUUCCUGUGUGGCGAUGCUGGGCCCCUGGCAGUGGCCGCUGUCGUCUACCACAAACUGCACAACCAGAAGCAGGCAGAAGACUGCAUCACUCGUUUGCUCCACCUGCUCAAGGCUGACCCACGGGUACCCGAUGAGCUGCUAUAUGGGCGCAUGGGCUACCUCUAUGCACUGACGUUUGUGAACAAGCACUUCGGAGAGGAGAAGAUCCCUAAAAGUCAUAUUCAGCAGGUCUGGGAAGCAGUUGUAGCCUCAGGAGAGAACCUGGCCAAAAAGAGGAAUUUCACAGCAAAGAGCCCCCUGAUGUAUGAGUGGUACCAGGAGUAUUACGUAGGGGCAGCUCAUGGUUUGGCUGGGAUUUACUACUUUCUCAUGCAGCCUGGCCUUGGAGCGAGCCAAGUAAAGCUGCAUAACACAAUCAAGCCCAGUGUGGACUAUGUCUGCCAGCUCAAGUUCCCAUCUGGGAAUUACCCUCCGUGCAUCGGUGACACCAGAGACCUGCUUGUCCACUGGUGCCAUGGGGCACCAGGUGUAAUCUACAUGCUUAUCCAGGCCUACAAGGUCUUUGGGGAGCAACAGUACCUAAAUGAUGCCCUGCAGUGUGCAGAAGUGAUCUGGCAGUAUGGGUUACUGAAGAAAGGCUACGGGCUGUGCCAUGGGACAGCUGGUAAUGCUUACAGCUUCCUGGCACUGUACAACCUCACUCAGAACAUGAAAUAUCUCUACAGGGCCUGCAAGUUUGCAGAGUGGUGUUUAAGCUAUGGCCAACAUGGGUGCCGGACUCCAGACACACCAUUCUCCCUCUUUGAAGGAAUGGCUGGAACAAUUUACUUUCUUGCUGACCUGCUGGUGCCAACCAAGGCCAAGUUCCCUGCGUUUGAACUGUGAAGCUGAGCUUGGCAGUUUCCUGCCUGAAUCCAUCCACACGUGGAAACACAGUUGGAAGCUGUUUUCUCCUUCUUCCAAACUCAUCAUUCAUUUUUCACCUAACUGAACGUAAAUCCAUCCUCUUGAGGGCAUGCUGAGUUCUCCAACAUUUCUAGUCAUCUUAUUACAUUGCUUCAAUUUAAAAGACAGAAUGUAAAUUUUGCUAGUGUCCCUUAAAAGCACAGGGCUGCAGGUGGGAGCAGGGAGAACUGUACAGUAUUUUGUUGGCUACAGAGUUUUGCUAUUUUAUGUAUCCCAUUUCAUGGGAAAAAGUUUCUAUUAAAUGUAAGUUAGGCUGUUCGG